AAGACGGUCAGCCAGUGAGCGCCGAGACUAGUUCCACUCGGGCGGGGGGGAGCGCCUGGCCCAGCCCUGCUCCCUGGGCCGCGGAGCUUGCGGUCGCAUCCCAGUGUGAACCGACCUUUCCUUUCUAUUCCGAUCCCCUGCCUGUCUUCUCCUUGCCUUCCCCGCAGAAGCUAUGGAGGACGAAGAGAGACAGAAGAAGCUGGAGGCUGGCAAAGCCAAGCUUGCCCAGUUUCGACAAAGGAAAGCUCAAUCUGAUGGACAGAAUCCUAAGAAGCAGAAAAAAAAGAGGAAAACUUCAAGUAGUAAACAUGACAUGUCAGCAUACCAUGCUGUGAAUAUUGAGCAAUCACACAGUGAUGAGAUGUGCACAAAUAGUUCUCAGAGAUCAGGAUCAGCUGUGACUCCUGAAUCCACAAUAAUGAGAGCUCUACACAGUGGAGAAAUAAUUAAACAUGACCAGGUCUUCUCUGUUGAACCGGAAAGUGAAAUUUCAACCACGGCAGAUGAUUAUAGUUCAGAGGAAGAAGAAUUUGGUGUUGAUGAUUCUUAUUCUGAACAUGGAGCACAGUACAAUCAGACCCACCUAGAGAUGAUGGAAAAUGAAUUGGCUGGGAAACAACAUGAGAUUGAAGAGCUAAACAGAGAACUAGAAGAAAUGAGGGCCACCUGUGGGACUGAAGGACUGAAGCAGUUGCAAGAAUUUGAAGCUGCCGUUAAACAGAGAGAUGGCAUCAUAACCCAACUCACUGCUAAUUUACAACAAGCGAGAAGAGAAAAGGAUGAGACGAUGAGAGAAUUUUUAGAGUUGACAGAACAGAGUCAAAAAUUACAGAUUCAAUUCCAGCAUUUACAGGCUAGUGAAACUCUGAGAAACAGCACUCAUAGUAGCACAGCUGCAGAUUUACUACAAGCCAAACAACAGAUCCUCACUCAUCAGCAACAGCUGGAAGAACAAGACCAUCUGUUAGAAGAUUAUCACAAAAAGAAAGAAGACUUCAAAAUGCAAAUUAGUUUCUUGCAAGAGAAAAUUAGAGCGUAUGAAAUGGAACAGGAUAAAAAAGUAGAAAGCUCAAAUAAAGAAAUACAGGAAAAGGAAGCAGUCAUUGAAGAAUUAAAUACAAAAAUAAUAGAAGAAGAAAAAAAAACUCUUGAGCUAAAGGAUAAAGUCACAACUGCUGAUAAAUUACUGGAAGAAUUACAAGAACAGUUUGUACAGAAGAACCAAGAGAUAAAAAAUAUGAAAUUAGAGCUGACUAAUUCCAAGCAAAAGGAAAGACAGUGUUCUGAGGAAAUAAAACAAUUAAUGGGGACAGUUGAAGAACUUCAGAAGAAAAAUCAUAAAGAUAGUCAAUUUGAAACUGAUAUUCUACAAAGAAUGGAACAAGAAACACAAAGAAAGUUAGAACAACUCCGGGCAGAGCUGGAUGAGAUGUAUGGGCAGCAGAUAGUACAGAUGAAACAAGAAUUAAUAAAACAACACAUGUCACAGAUAGAUGAACUUAAAACACAACAUAAGGGAGAAAUGGAGAAUGCUUUAAGAUCAUGUGCAAAUAUUACAGUUAAUGAAGAUCAAAUAAAGUUAAUGAAUAUGGCAAUAAAUGAACUGAAUAUAAAAUUGCAAGAUACUAACUCUCAAAAGGAAAAACUCAAGGAAGAACUAGGAGUAAUUUCAGGAGAAAAGUCUGUUCUACAGAGACAGCUUGAAGACCUUUUUGAAGAAUUGAGCUUUUCAAGGGACCAAAUUCAGAGGGCUAGACAGACUAUAGCUGAACAAGAAAGUAAACUCAGUGAAGCACACAAGUCCCUUAGUACAGUGAAAGAUUUGAAAGCGGAGAUUAUUUCUGCAUCUGAAUCCAGGAAGGAACUAGAAUUAAAACAUGAAGCAGAAGUUACACAUUAUAAGAUAAAGCUUGAAAUGUUAGAAAGAGAAAAAAAUGCUGUAUUAGACAGAAUGGCUGAAUCACAAGAAGCUGAGCUAGAGAGGCUGAGGACACAGCUCCUGUUUAGUCAUGAAGAAGAACUUUCCAAACUGAAGGAAGAUUUGGAAAUUGAACAUCGAAUAAAUAUUGAAAAGCUUAAAGAUAACUUGGGCAUUCACUAUAAACAGCAGAUAGAUGGCUUACAGAAUGAAAUGAGCCAGAAGAUAGAAACCAUGCAGUUUGAAAAAGACAAUUUGAUAACUAAGCAGAACCAGUUAAUUUUGGAAAUUUCAAAGCUGAAAGAUUUACAGCAAUCUCUUGUGAAUUCAAAAUCAGAAGAAAUGACCCUUCAAAUCAAUGAACUUCGAAAAGAAAUUGAAAUACUCAGACAAGAAGAAAAGGAAAAGGGUACACUUGAACAAGAAGUUCAAGAAUUACAACUUAAAACUGAAUUAUUGGAGAAACAAAUGAAGGAAAAAGAGGAUGACCUUCAAGAAAAAUUUGCACAACUUGAAGCAGAGAAUAGCAUUCUUAAACAUGAAAAGAAGGCCCUUGAAGACAUGUUGAAAAUAUAUACUCCUGUUAACCAAGAAGAAAGAUUAAUUUUCAUAGACUCCGUUAAGUCCAGAUCCAAAGACUGUAGCUGGCAAAAAGAAAUAGAAAUACUUACAGAGGAAAAUGAGAACCUCAAAAAACAAUGUAUUCAGCUAACUGAAGAGAUUGAAAAGCAAAGGAACACUUUUUCAUUUGCUGAAAAAAAUUUUGAAGUUAAUUAUCAAGAGUUACAGGAGGAUUAUGCUUGCCUUCUCAAGGUAAAAACGGAUUUAGAAGACAGUAAAAAUAAACAAGAAGUUGAAUAUAAAAGUAAGCUUAAAGCACUUAGUGAAGAGCUUCAUCAUUUGCAAAGAAUAAACCCAACUAUAGUGAAAAUAAAAAGUUCAGUCUUUGAUGAUGACAAAACUUUUACAGCAGAACCAUUGGAAAUUGGUGAGGUUGUUGAGAAAGAUACAACAGAACUUAUGGAAAAGCUUGAGGUAACCGAGCGAGAAAAAUUAGAACUGUCGGAGAGACUGUCUGAUCUUUCUGAACAAUUAAAACAGAAACAUAGCGAGAUUAGUUUUCUAAGGGAAGAAGUUAAAUCUUUAAAGCAAGAAAAAGAGCAAGUUUUAUUGAGAUGUAGAGAGCUAGAAAUCAUAAUUAACCAUAAUAGGACAGAAGAUGUAAAUGUGUGUGCUGUCCAUUUAAGCUCUUUAAAAGAUGGAGUUUUGACAAGCAGGGAUUCUGGAGGGUCUGUUCCUAAAAUAAGUAAAGAUUUUGGUGAAGAAUCAAAAAUAAUGGAGUUAAAUAAAAUUCCUUUUGAAAAUAUGACUCUUGGAAAAGAAAACAAGCAAGAAUGGUUUUUUGAUCACUUGCCGUCAGUGACAAAUGAAUCAUCACUUGGGACAACUGAACCAGGUGAAAAUGAUAAACUUCAGCAGGAGCUCAGUGUACUUAAAUCAGAACAGAAUGAUUUAAGGCUACAGAUGGAAGCUCAACGUAUUUGCCUCUCCCUGGUUUAUUCAACUCAUGUGGAUCAGGUUCGUGAAUAUAUGAAAGAGGAAAAAGAUAAAGCUCUUUGCAGUCUUAAGCAGGAGCUUAUUUCUGCUCAAGAGGAUAAGAUCAAGGAACUUCAGAAAAUACACCAGCUAGAGCUACAGAAUAUAAAAACACAAGAAACAGGUGAUGAAGUGAAGCCUUUACAAAUGCUCAUUGGAAAACUUCACAGAGCAGUGUCUGAAGAAUGUUCUCAUUUUACACAGACUUUUUGCAGUGUCCUUGGUGAACAUUAUACUCCUGCUUUAAAAUGUGAAGUAAAUGUAGAAGAGAAAGAGAAAGAGACUUCCUGUGUUCACACUUCUGAAAAUCAAGAACUAGAAUUGCAAGAUUAUAAAUAUGAAGUUCAAGAUUUUCAAGAAAAUGUGCAAACUCUUCUCAACAAAGUAACAGAAGAAUACAACAAACUCUUGGUACUUCAGUCACGAUUAAGUAAGAUUCAAGGACAGCAGACAGGUGAUGUGAAACUUGAAUUUGCAGAAGAAAACCUACCAAAAGAGGAAACAGACUUUUUAUCAACCCAUCCUCAGAUGACAAAUUUUCAAGACACUGAUGUUUGUCAUAAAAGCAAGUUAUCUGCUCUGCAAGAUACCGAAAAAAUUAAACAACUUGAAGGACAAGUUCAAGAAUUAGAAAACCUCGUAUCCUCUUUGCAGCAGCAACUGAAAGAAACUGAAGAAAACUAUGGGGCAGAGAUUCAUUCUUUGCAGGAAAGGCUACAAGCUGUUAAUGAGUUUACAGUUCAGCCAAGCUUUUCCAUUGAUUCAAUGGUAAUUACUGAAUCUGAUGUACAGAAAACAGUAUACCCUGGAAGUUGUAUAAAACAGAACAUUGAUGGUGCAACAGAGUUUUCUGGUGAAUUUGGAGUGAAACAGGAAACAAAUAUGGUUAAGUUGCUGGAAAAACAGUACCAAGAACGAUUAGAAGAAGAAGUAGCUAAGGUCAUUGUGUCAAUGAGUAUAGCAUUUGCUCAGCAAACUGAACUAUCUAGAGUAUCUGGGGAAAAAGAAGAUGCUCCAUCUUCAAAACAAGCAUCUGCUCUCUGUCAGGAAGAACAUUAUUUAAAUGAAAUGAAAUUAUCACAAGGUCAGGUUGGUCUUCAGACUUUCGAGGCAACAGACAAGAAAUUUAAAGACGAAUUUAAACCACUUAGUAAAGAGUUAGGAGAAGAUGGAAAGGAAGUUCUGUUAUCAAAUAAGGGUAAUCUUGAUGAUAUACUAGAAUCAAAGGACCGUGAGCUGACUAUUUCAGAAGAAAUGUUCUCCAAAGAUAAAACAUUUAUGGUCAGAGAAUCUCUCCAUGAUGAGAUUUUGGUAUCAAGUAUGGAUGCUUCUAGACAACUAAUGUUAAAUGAAGAACAGUUAGAAGAUAUGAGGCAGGAACUUGUACGACAGUACCAAGAACAUCAACAGGCAACGGAACUUUUAAGGCAGGCACACAUGCGGCAGAUGGAGAGACAGCGAGAAGACCAGGAACAGCUGCAAGAAGAGAUUAAGAGGCUGAAUAAACAAUUAGCCCAGAGAUCCUCAAUAGAUAAUGAAAACCUGGUUUCAGAGAGAGAGAGGGUGCUUUUAGAGGAGCUGGAAGCACUAAAGCAGCUGUCUCUAGCUGGAAGAGAGAAGCUGUGUUGUGAGCUGCGCAACAGCAGUACGCAAACACAGAAUGCAAAUGAAAACCAAGGAGAAGUUGAGGAGCAGACCUUUAAAGAAAAGGAAUUGGACAGAAAACCUGAAGAGGUGACUCCUGAAAUUCUGUCCAAUGAAAGGUAUACACUCCAGAAAGCUAAUAGCAGACUUCUGAAGAUCCUCUUAGAAGUUGUAAAGACAACAGCAGCUGUUGAAGAAACAAUUGGUCGCCAUGUCCUUGGUAUUCUAGAUAGAUCUAGUAAAGGUCAGUCAUUGACCAGCCUGAUUUGGAGGUCAGAAGCAGAGACACCAAUAAAGUCGUGUGUCCACGAGGAACACACAGGAGAUGAAUGUAAACCCUCUUAUUCUGGAAGUGAUAUACCAAGAAGUGACAGUAGCAUGUGGUCCAAAGUAACUGAGGAAGGAACGGAGCUGUCACCGCAGCUCAUGAGGAGUGGAUUUACUGGAAAUGAAAUAGACCCUGAAAAUGAAGAACUUAUGCUGAACAUUAGCUCUCGACUACAAGCGGCAGUUGAAAAACUCCUAGAAGCCAUAAGUGAAACUAGUAGUCAGCUGGAACAUGCGAAAGUUGCACAGACAGAAUUGAUGCGUGAGUCAUUUAGACAGAAACAAGAAGUGACAGAGUCCCUUAAGUGCCAAGAAGAACUGCGAGAGCGCCUUCAUGAGGAGUGCAGGGCCAGAGAACAGCUGGCUGUGGAGCUCAGUAAGGCUGAGGGUGUCAUUGAUGGCUAUGCAGAUGAAAAAACGCUUUUUGAAAGGCAAAUUCAGGAAAAAACUGAUAUAAUAGAUCGUCUUGAGCAGGAGUUGUUAUGUGCAGGUAAUAGAUUACAAGAAUUAGAAGCAGAACAACAGCAGAUCCAAGAAGAACGAGAAUUACUGUCGAGGCAGAAGGAAGCUAUGAAAGCUGAGGCAGGCCCAGUUGAACAGCAAUUACUACAGGAGACAGAAAAACUGAUGAAGGAAAAACUAGAGGUACAGUGUCAAGCCGAAAAAGUACGUGAUGACCUUCAAAAACAAGUGAAAGCUCUAGAAGUAGAUGUCGAGGAACAAGUCAGUAGAUUUAUAGAGCUGGAACAGGAAAAAAAUGCUGAACUAAUGGAUUUAAGACAGCAAAACCAAGCACUGGAAAAGCAGUUAGAAAAAAUGAGAAAAUUUUUAGAUGAGCAAGCCAUUGAUAGAGAACACGAGAGAGAUGUAUUCCAACAGGAAAUACAGAAACUAGAACAGCAACUUAAGGUCAUACCUCGAUUCCAGCCUAUCAGUGAACAUCAAACUAGAGAGGUUGAACAGUUAACAAAUCAUCUGAAAGAAAAAACAGACAAGUGCAGUGAGCUUUUGCUCUCUAAAGAGCAGCUUCAGAGGGAUAUACAGGAGCGUAAUGAAGAAAUUGAGAAACUGGAGUUCAGAGUAAGGGAAUUGGAGCAAGCCUUACUCAUGAGUACGGACAGUUUUCAAAAGGUAGAGGACCGAAAACAGUUUGGAUCUGUAGAAGCUAAAGCGGAAUUGUCCCUAGAAAUACAAUUGCAGGCUGAGCGAGACGCCAUAGACAGAAAGGAAAAAGAGAUCACAAACUUAGAAGAACAGUUAGAACAGUUCAGAGAAGAACUGGAAAAUAAGAAUGAAGAAGUCCAGCAACUACAUAUGCAAUUAGAAAUACAGAAAAAGGAAUCUACUACCCGCCUACAAGAACUUGAACAAGAAAACAAAUUAUUUAAGGAUGAAAUGGAGAAACUGGGAUUUGCCAUAAAGCAAGCUGAUCCUGUCUCUACCCAGGACCAACAUGUACUAUUUGGGAAAUUUGCUCAAAUAAUGCAGGAAAAAGAGGUAGAAAUUGACCAAUUGAAUGAGCAAAUUACAAAACUUCAGCAUCAACUUGAAAUUACAACAGAUAACAAGGUUAUUGAAGAAAAAAAUGAACUAAUAAGAGAUCUUGAAACCCAGAUAGAAUGUUUGAUGAGUGAUCAAGAACGUGUGAAGAAAAAUAGAGAAGAAGAAAUUGAGCAGCUCAAUGAAGUGAUUGAAAAGCUUCAACAGGAAUUGGCAAAUAUUGAACAGAAGACAUCAGUGGUUACUAAUUCUCUCCCAGAAGAAGCAGAUAGUUUAAAACAUCAGUUAGAUAUAGUAAUAGCUGAAAAACUGGCUUUGGAACAGCAAGUAGAAACCACUAAUGAAGAAAUGGCCUUGACAAAAAGUGUACUUAAAGAAACCAAUUUAAAAAUGAACCAGCUAACACAAGAAUUAUGUAGCUUAAAGAGAGAACAUGAAAAUACGGAAGAAAUCCAUAGUAUACCAGAGAGAAGUGUUAACAUGGCUGUAGAUGAUCUGAGCAGACACAGACCUGGACUAGAAGUAGUCCUCACUGAGGGUGCUCGUAAACCCCUAGAACAUCCGACUUACCUCAAAUCUUUUGAAGAAAACAGCAACGUUUCCAUAAGCAGUUUGGAAACACAGGUGCUACAACUUGAGAGCACUGUGAAUGCAAAGGACUUAGAACUUACCCAAUGUCAUAAACAAAUAAAGGACCUGCAGGAGCAAGGACAGUCUGAAAAAGAAGCACUGAAAAAGAAGAUGGCAAACCUGCAAAAUAUACUUGAGGAAAAGGUGGCUGCUGCUCUUGUAAGUCAGGUCCAACUCGAAGCAGUUAAAGAAUAUGCAAAAUUCUGUCAAGAUAAACAAGCAGUUUCACCAGAACCUGGAGGAACAAAUACACAGAAUUUAAACCAACUAACAGAAAAUGAGGUGGAGUCAAACGUGUCAGCACUGACCUUGAGAAUAUCAGAAUUAGAAAGCCAGGUGGUUGAAAUGCAGGUAAAAACUGCAGAAAAAAAUGCUUUGGAAAAAGAAAAGAAGCUACUAGAACUACAGAAGCUAUUGGAGGACAAUGAGAAAAAACAGGGAAGCAAAGAAAGGAAAAGAAGCCCUCUAGGAGAUUUUGAAGUUCUCAAGACAACUACUGAGCUGAUUCAUACCAGUGAAGAAAAUGAAUUUUUUGGUCGAUUUGAGACUCUUACAGCUGAGUCAGCAGCUACCAAAGAAGAACUUGCCAGUUAUAAAGAGAAGGCAGAAAAACUUCAGGAAGAGCUUUUGGUAAAAGAAACAAAUACGGCAUUUCUCCAGAAAGAUUUAAGCCAAGUUAGGGAUCAACUCAAAAAGGCAGAAGAGAAAUUAUCCUACUUCUUAGAAAAAGAAGAUAAUACCGAGGUACAAGAAAACAGAAAGUUCUGCACGUUAGAGCCACUUCCUAUAAAAGUGGGUAAAAGCUCUGCAUCACAGACAGAUGGGACUCUCAAGGUCAACAGCAGCAAUCAGACUCCACAAAUUCUUGUUAGAAAUGCAGGAAUCCAAAUUGAUUUACGGAGUGAAUGUUCAUCAGAGGAAGUCACUGAAGUAAUUAAUCAGUUUACUGAAAAAAUUGAGCAGAUGCAAGAACUACAUGCUGCUGAGAUUCUGGAUAUGGAAUCCAGACAUAUUUCAGAAACUGAAACCUUAAAGAGAGAUCACUAUGUUGCUGUUCAGUUACUGACAGAGGAAUGUGGUACCUUGAAGUCAGUGAUACAGUGUCUGAGAUCUAAAGAGGGGUCCUCAGUUCCUGAAUUAACACAUUCCGAUGCUUACCAAACUAGAGAAAUAUGUUCCAGUGAUUCUGGAUCAGACUGGGGUCAGGGAAUUUAUCUUACACAAAGUCAGGGAUUUGACACAGCAUCAGAAGGCCGAGGAGAAGAAGGUGAAAGUUCAACAGAUUCAUUUCCAAAGAAAAUAAAGGGAUUACUUAGAGCUGUCCAUAAUGAAGGCAUGCAGGUGCUCUCUCUUACUGAGUCUCCCUAUAGUGACGGAGAAGACCAUUCUGUUCAGCAAGCUUCAGAAUCUUGGCUAGAAGAGAGAAGAGCUUACCUGAGUACAAUCUCAUCUCUUAAGGAUUUGAUUACCAAAAUGCAAAUGCAAAGGGAAGCCAAGGUUUAUGAUAGUUCUCAAUCUCAUGAGAGCUCCUCUGACUGGCGAGGUGAACUUCUGCUUGCUCUUCAGCAGGUUUUCUUAAAGGAGCGCGGUGUUUUACUAGCUGCAUUUCAGACCGAGCUGACAGCUCUAGGUACUAGAGAUGCAGUUGAAUUAUUAAACUGUUUGGAACAGAGAAUACAAGAACAGGGUAUUGAAUAUCGAGCAGCCAUGGAAUGCCUCCAGAAAGCAGACAGAAGAAGUUUGUUAGCUGAAAUUCAAGCACUGCAUGCUCAGAUGAAUGGUAAGAAAAUGACUCUGAAAAGAGAACAGGAGAAUGAUCAACCAAGCCAAGAACUCUUGGAAUAUAAUAUGCAGCAGAAGCAGUCUCAAAUGCUGGAGAUGCAAGUGGAGCUCAGCAGUGUGAAAGACAGAGCAACAGAACUGCAGGAACAACUGAGUUCUGAGAAAAUGGUGGUUGCUGAACUGAAAAGUGAACUUGCACAAGCUAAAUUGGAACUAGAAACAACACUCAAGGCACAGCAUAAGCACCUAAAGGAAUUAGAGGCAUUCAGGUUGGAAGUUAAAGAUAAAACAGAUGAAGUACAUUUGCUUAAUGACACAUUAGCAAGUGAACAGAAAAAGUCCAGAGAGCUCCAGUGGGCUUUGGAGAAAGAGAAAGCCAAGCUGGGACGCAGUGAAGAGCGGGAUAAAGAAGAACUUGAGGAUCUGAAAUUUUCACUUGAGGGUCAGAAACAAAGGAAUAUUCAGCUAAAUCAACUUUUGGAACAACAGAAACAACAACUAAAUGAAUCACAGCAGAAAAUAGAAUCACAAAGAGUGCUACAUGAUGCCCAGUUAUCCGAAGAACGAGGUCGAAACUUGGAGCUUCAAGUACUUCUUGAAUCUGAGAAAGUUCGAAUUCGGGAAAUGAGUAAUACCCUGGAUAGGGAGCGGGAAUUACAUGCACAACUACAGAGCAGUGAUGAUAGUGGGCAGUCUCGGCCAUCCUUACCCUCUGAGGACCUCCUUAAAGAGCUUCAGAAACAGCUAGAGGAGAAACACAGUCGCAUAGUAGAAUUGUUAAAUGAGACUGAGAAAUAUAAACUGGAUUCUUUGCAAACAAGACAGCAAAUGGAAAAGGAUAGGCAGGUUCACAGAAAGACGUUGCAGACAGAACAAGAGGCCAACACUGAGGGACAAAAAAAAAUGCAUGAGCUUCAGUCCAAAGUGGAAGAUCUUCAGCGCCAACUGGAAGAGAAAAGGCAACAAGUUUAUAAGUUAGACCUUGAAGGAAAACGACUGCAAGGAAUUAUGCAGGAAUUCCAAAAGCAGGAACUAGAACGAGAAGAAAAACGAGAAAGUAGAAGAAUUCUGUAUCAGAAUCUUAAUGAGCCAACCACUUGGAGUUCAACCAAUGAUCGAACCAGAAAUUGGGUUCUUCAGCAGAAAAUAGGAGAGACAAAGGAAUCAAGCUGUCCUAAAAUGAUUGAAAUGAAUGGAGGAGGAACUGGCUAUAAUCAUGAAUUAGAAAUGAUCAGACAAAAACUCCAACGUGUGGCUUCAAAACUACAGCAUCUAGCCCAGAAAGCCUCCAAUAGACUACAGUUUGAAACAGCAGAUGAUGAAGAUUUUGUUUGGGUUCAGGAAAAUAUUGAUGGAAUUGAUUUACAACUACAAAAAUUAACUGGCCAGCCAGUCGAAGAGCCUACCUUAAGGUCCCCAAGUACUUCUUGUGGCUCAUUAACUGAAAGACUACUAAGACAAAAUACUGAGCUGACAGGACAUAUCAGCCAACUGACUGAAGAAAAGAAUGAUUUAAGAAACAUGGUUAUGAAGCUGGAGGAGCAGAUCAGGUGUUAUCGACAGACAGGACCGGGCAGAGAUUAUUCUUCUAGGUUUUCAUUCAGUGAUGGCCCCAACAUUGAAGCCAUCAUUGCUUCAGAAAAAGAAGUCUGGAACAGAGAAAAAUUGACUCUCCAAAAAUCCUUGAAACGGGCAGAAGCUGAAGUAUACAAACUAAAAGCUGAACUAAGAAAUGAAGCUUUACUUCAAAAUCUGAGCCCUGAUUCUGAGCACGCCACUGUAAAGAGAAUUUAUGGCAAAUACCUGAGGGCAGAAAGUUUUCGGAAAGCUCUCAUUUAUCAAAAGAAGUACCUGCUUCUGUUACUGGGUGGGUUCCAGGAAUGUGAGGAUGCCACCCUGGCUCUGCUUGCCCGAAUGGGGGGACAUCCGGCCUUCACGGAUCUAGAGGUGAUCACCAACCGUCCAAAGGGCUUCACCAGGUUUCGGUCAGCUGUCAGAGUGUCCAUGGCAAUUUCGAGAAUGAAAUUUUUGGUUCGACGGUGGCAUCGAGUCACAAGUUCUGGUUCCAUCAAUAUUAACAGGGAUGGCUUUGGAUUGAAUCCAGGUGCCGAAAAGACUGACCCAUUUUAUCAUUCUUCUGGUGGGCUGGAGCUAUAUGGAGAACCAAGACAUAGUACGUGUCGCUCAAGAUCAGAUCUGGACUAUCCAAGGUCUCCUUUACCAUUUCAAAAUAGGUACCCAGGUCCUCCAGCUGAUUUAAAUCCUGGUUCCUUAGCAUGUUCUCAGCUUCAGAAUUAUGAUCCUGACAGAGCCCUGACAGAUUAUAUCACUCGGCUAGAGGCACUGCAGAGACGACUUGGAACUGUACAGUCAGGUACUCUCAGGUUAACCAAGUGUUGGCAGCACCAUAGUGCUUGAUAGACCCGGAACGCUUUCUCUUUCUGAAAUUCCUUGACCUUCCUCAUUAGGAUAAUCAAAUCUUACAGUUCAGUGCCUGAGUUACCAGGCUAGACUUUAGGAAUUUAAGACAAAACAUGAUUUAUCACCCUGGAUCCCAUUCUCAGCCCCCAAAAAUUCCUGCUUGUCCCAUUGAAAAGAUUGAUGAGGUGAAAUGCACGACGAGCACCAAUGUGCAAAGUGCUCUGAAGCUUACACAGUCUGCUAGAGAACUUGUUCCUAAGUAAUACAUCGUGAGGCAUGCAAAUAAGGGAUAGCAAGAUGAGAGGAGGACACAAGUACUUUAAGCACUUACUGCAGCCAUUAUCUCUACUAGGACCUUGUACUCUUACGUAUGAUCCAAGGAACCCAUCCCAUUCAAAAGACUGUAAGAAUGACGUUUUAUUUUUCUCUGCUCAAAAACACACGCAAAAAAAUUUCAUUAUUAGUAGAAGUGGAUUCCCUUCCUUGUUUAUUGUGAGAAAAACCUCCUUUCCCGUCUCUCUUCAGUUCACUCCUGAUUCAAAGGUUUUGAAUCAUUUUAAUUUAAUGAGCUUUAAGUCUAUAUAUAUAUAUAUGUUACUAUUA